AUGAAGAUCACCGAGGUUCUCGCUUGCGUGGUCGCCGCCUCGGCGCCGCUCAUCUCCGCUGCGCCCACCAACGCCGGCGACUUGCAGGAGAGGCGAUCAGUCACUUCUGGCCUUGACGCCAGAUCCUUUCAGGCCCCGAGCUUCAUUGAGGCGCGGUCUCCCAACAAGGACGAGGCAAAGGCUGCCGGUGCGAUCCAGGUCCUCCAGGCGGAGAAUAGCGCCAAUCAGGCGACCGGUGCCGAUGACAAGGACAAAAAUGCUGCCACUGCCAAUAAUCAGGACAAAAAUGCUGCCACUGCCAAUAAGGACGACAAGAAUGCUGCCACUGCCAAUAAGGACGACAAUAAUGCCGCCACUGCCAAUAAGGACGACAAUAAUGCCGCCACUGCCAAUAAGGACGACAAGAAUGCUGCCACUGCCAAUAAGGACGACAAGAAUGCUGCCACUGCCAAUAAGAAGAAGGGCAAGACUGCUGCCGCCAAUAAGCAGGACAAAAACGCUGCCACUGCCAAUAAGGACGACAAGAAUGCUGCCACUGCCAAUAAGGACGACGGGAAUGCUGCCACUGCCAAUAAGGACGACGGGAAUGCUGCCACUGCCAAUAAGGACGACAAGAAUGCUGCCACUGCCAAUAAGAAGAAGGGCAAGACUGCUGCCGCCAAUAAGCAGGACAAAAACGCUGCCACUGCCAAUAAGGACGACAAGAAUGCUGCCACUGCCAAUAAGGACGACAAUAAUGCUGCCACUGCCAAUAAGAAGAAGAGCAAGACUGCUGCCGCCAAUAACCAGGACCAAACUGCUGCCUCGGGGGGAAGCGUAACCAUCACUCGGACGGCAACAGGUCUUAGCGUCAGCGCCGGUGGCGCCAAUGGCAAGGACCAAGGAAAAUAG